CCUGGUUGAAAGAAGCAGGUUUCUGGAGGGCUCAGAGAGCUCAAGCAUGUGCAGCCCUUGGGUUGUAUUAGCCUUUUGCUGCUUGGGACAGCUGGGUGCAGAUCAAAGCCUGAAGCCUCAGAUUGCAGCCCCUCAGCUUGCUACAAACAAUCCCACUCUCACUACAGUUGCUCUAGAAAAACCUUUCUGUAUGUUUGACAGCUCACUGUAUCCAAAUAAAUCUUAUGUCAUCUACUUGUACGCAAUGAAGGAAUCAGCAAGUGCAAUAAGCUCCCUGGUGACUGACAACAGCAGCAAACCACUUGACAACACCUUCCAACAAACAAGUGGGGGGCAGCUUGGACCUUACAAGGCUGCCUCGUUCAAUGUGCCCAGUUGUGCAUCACCUCCCAAACUUGCUGAUGUAGGAGAUGUCAACAAAGUUUCUGAUGUCCUGAAACAAUACCUCUUCAGAGUUGGGGAUGAUGGGACUUGUUUGUAUGACCCAAACUUCUUAGCUGUCUGUAACCCACCUCUUGCACCAGACACAACAUACAGGUUUAAAUAUGUAUUGCUAGAUAGCACUGAAGGUAUCAUAACAGACCAAACUCUCUGGUCUGAUCCAAUCAAAACCAGAAGAGUUAAACUCCCCUCGAAAAUUGAUACCUGGCCUGGUCGAAGGAGUGGAGACAUGAUUGUCAUUACAUCGAUCCUAAGUGUUCUUGUGUUCCUUCUGCUUGAUGGCUUUCUUGCUUCUGUGUCCCCUGCUGUCAUGGGAUCUGAAGAUUCUUCUGCAGAGACAAGGUGCAUGCCUCAGACUAUUCAACAAAGUGAACUGGCACCACAGUUAAGCUCUGAGUAAACAACCCGAUUCAAGUCAAGACUGGAAAUGCAAUGGAAUUGCUACAUGUGCUAGACUGUGGCACUGUCUCUUCUACUCAACACUAGUCCAAAACACUACAGAAUGUAACCAGGCAACUGAAGAUGAAUAGCAUAGAUUAAAUAAAGACAACUUUUUUGAUGUCUUGUAGCUCAUGAUAUCUUGUCUUGUCCUAAUGAGAUCUGAUUUAGUUAAUUGCCUUGUAUAGCACAUAUCAAAUGCCUGGACUGUUGAAAGAAUCUUCAUGAGAUCAUUCAACUUCAGUGGUGUGAUCAGGGGUUGUCUAAUACAUACAUCUCCUCUGGAGUAAGCACUAAUGCAGACUUCUCAUCUGCUUCGCACAAUCAGGUGAACAUGAUGUCUCAAACUUUCUCGAUGAUGACAAAUAAAGAAAAACAGGCUGCUUUAGAAAAAGAUGUACUUAGAGAAAACUAGGGAUUAAAAGGUAGACAACAGGGAGCUACUGCUGCUUCCUCAGGAUUUUAGUGACUAUUUCUGUCAUAGGACUUCCCUUUUUUCCUCCUUCCCUAAAAGAAAGCAAGCAAGUUCCAAUUGCCCUGUACGUAGCAGAGUUAUUUUGAUCUCAAAUACUUCAAUACCCUCAAACAGCUUUGCAGCAAUGAAAGCUAACAAAAUUGCUUCAAAGAAGGUGUGUUCUUUCAAAGCGCCGUAUAAUUUGUUGGUGGGCUAGUAAAGGGGAGAUAUUGCAUUCAUAUCAAUCAUAUCAUAUGGUUGAAUAUACACGAGUAUAUUCACUGUUGUCAGGCUUAGCCUCAUUCCUGACCUUUACCUUAGGCAGCUGCAAGCCAGCAUUCUUCACAUCUUAGUAUCUAGACUGGUGGGGUUUUUUGAGCUAAUUCUUUUCUUUCAUUUCAUGAUCUCAGUUGGUGACUAGAAAUAAAUCUUUGCCCCAAGGUUGAGUUAUGUGCUGCUUUUUUCCAUUGAUGCCAACUUCCAUAUACAGUUUUGUCUCUACAAAAGACUUGAGGAAAAUCCAACUUCAAAGCCCUACCUUAUACUUCUUGACUAUGUAGAACCAACUGUCCUAUUGUAGCAUGCACUUCCUUGAGAUAGCACAGAGCUGUUACUGGUUAUUGAUGUUUAUUUUUAUUGAUGUUUUCCUAGUUUAUCAGUACAUUUGUUAAACUGUCUUGGACUAUAAAUACGGAUUAUGUUUUGACAUAGGUUGUUCAUUAUCACUGCCAUGACUGGAUGAUCUCGUACUGGUGUCUGUUUCAGGGAGUGGAACUUACUCUCUUCAGAUUAUGAAAAUUAAAAAGUUUUGUGUAAAGUCAAAUAUUGUCAGGAUGGAGCGUUGAGACUGUAGCUUGGUGACUGCAAAAUUUGCCAUUUUCAACUUAAGGACUUAGGCCCAAGAGAUUUGUGCACAAGUUCCCAGUGCUUGGGUAUUCUAACUACAGCAUGUUAAAGCUUGCCUGUUCCAUCUUUGUUUCAGCUAUGCAAGGGCUGACAUGGAGAAAGCACUUUAAGGAAGAGAUGGGUGCUUUGCCUUCUGACUAGAAAUGAGUGUUGAAGCACCUGGAAUGAUGCUUUUCUGGUUUUUGGCUACUGGUGUCUUCCCAGUAAUUUUCUGCUAUACAGGCUGCUCCAAACACCAUUCUGAGGUACUUUCUCGUUCAUGUAUUGGGUACUAACUUGGAAGCAAUGGAUAUCUGAAGAAAGAGGGAGUACAAAUUGGAGGUGUGCAAUGCUGAACACUAGAGUACGUGAGAGAUCCUUGGAGUGUUUACCUCCUUUAUAAAGCCAAAGUAGUACUUCAUUGCUAUAGUGGCCUCUAACUCCUUGGUCUGGACCCAGUGGAAAAACAGGUUAUCUAACAGUAGGAUCAGUAAAAUUAAUAAAGCCAAAUAAGUAUCCUUUCAACUGCAGACAGCCAAUACGUUACUCUGGAUGCCAUAUCAGUUAAUUCUAUUACUGGAAUAAGUUCUCCUUCAUUUCAUUUGAAGGAGUUGCUUGAGACCAUAUGUCAGCACGUAUAGCUAUCAUUUAAAAUAGAGUACUAGAAUAAUCCAAUCUGUUUUCUGCCAGAAUAUAUUAAGACAUUCACAUCAAGCAGUUUGUCUCUCACCAGAUAACUAAUUUUAGUCAGUUUAAUCCUGAUAAUGGGCCUAGUUGAAUAGCUUGUAUUUCUUCUUGUGUUUCUCUUCAUUCUUUUAUUUAAAAGAUCUUCACUUUAUUUCUUUAUGGAAAAAUUAAUAAUGAAUUUUUUUAGGUUUUUUGUUUGG